GUCCACAUAGGCACUCUUUCUCUCUCUCUCUAAACCCAAACACCCCCUCAUGCUCACUCUCUAUCACUAGCCCCUUGGCACUCCCUCUCCCUCUCUGUCUCUCUCUCUCAUCCAUUCCUAUUUCUCUCUCUCUCUCUAGAGAGAGCAACGAUGACGAGCAUGGCUACUUGCAACAUGGCUCCUACAGCUUUGGCGUUGGGGUCGAACCUUGGUGGCAGCACCUCUUCCAGGCCUUCUCUCUCCUUUAGAAGGCCUUUGAACAACUCAAGGAGACUGAUGGUGGUGAGGGCUCAGGAGGUAUCCCCUCCGGCCAAGGCGGGCGAGGCUCCUGACACCAAGCGCCCUCCGCCUCCGCCUCCGCCGAUUGGACCUAAGAGAGGCGCCAAGGUGAAGAUCCUAAGGAAAGAAUCCUACUGGUACAAUGGCAUUGGAUCAGUUGUGGCAGUUGACCAGGACCUGAACACGCGAUACCCAGUCACAGUUCGAUUCACCAAGGUGAACUAUGCGAACGUUUCAACCAACAACUAUGCACUGGAUGAGGUCCAAGAGGUGCCCUGAGGAGGGUGUGUUGCAGCUUGGUUAGGAUCUUUGGUUGUGUAUCAUACCUCUCAAUCUUCCUGUAAUCUCCUCUUUCACCUUCUUUUGCAACCCCCACUAUUUUCUAGCAAUAUACAGUGUUAAAUGACUCUUGAUGUGCAAUGAGUUUGUUACUUCAUUUGAGCUGCUAUUUAAUGCCCCACUUAUUUCA